AGUCAGGAGGGAGGAGGGACAAAUACUGUAACAGAGUGCAUGGGUUGAAAAAGAGCAGUGGGCCUGUAGUUCUAUAGAAAGUGAGACAGUUUGAAAGAGGACACAGUAGAGAGAAGAGAACAGAAGAGAAGAGAGAACAGAAGAGAACAGAAGAGGAAAUUGCUUGCUCCAACAAACAGAACACACAUAACCAAACUGACAUCAACCUUCUUUCAUAACACACACAGACAGGCAGGUUUAGUCAGGGGAAGGGGAAGCUGAACUAUAGGAGACAGUCAUCCACACACACCGACGUUUCUCCUACCUAGACCCACAGACACACUCUCUCAGCAGCAUGUUUCAGUGGACUCUCCCCCAGGUGGUGUGUGUGCUAUCGGUGUGCUCAUCUCUGGCUCUGGGCUACGAGGACGAUAUCGAGGUCAACUAUGCUGACACCUACUACAAUGAAAUCACAGAGGAAGAGCCACAACUGACUACACCAAGCCCAACCCCUUGUAGGUCUUCAGACCUGACAAAAUGGGACAAGGUCUUCUCUAUGCUUGAGAACAGUCAGAUGAGGGAGAACAUGCUGCUGCAGUACGCCAAUGACAUUAUCAAGGUGGAGAUGGGGUCACUGCGCGGGGAGAUGCUCAGGUUUGUUGCCCAGUAUGGCGGGUCCUGCGGCUCUGCUGUGGAGACAGCAGGAAGAAGGAUUUCCCUGCAGCUGGACAACCGUCUGCGAGAAACCCUUGAGCGCUUCAACCUGCGGGAGGACCGCAAUGCAGCCAUCACCACUGAGAAUUCAGCAGGGAGUCCCAAUAACCAAGAGGCACUGCUUCAGCAGCUCCUCUCAGCAGUUCGGGCACAAGCCUCCCGAGUCGCCAAGCUAGAGAGCAGCUGCUUCAACAAUCCAAGAGCUGCGAUGGGAAUGGGAGCACCAUCAGAUUCUAAAAUGGGGUUCCAGCUCCCAGUGAAUGGAGGUCAACAAAGACAGGAGGUGAUAUCACCAGAUGAGACGAGGGCUUUGGAGAGUAUCCUCACCGCCACUGUUACAGAAUUGAAGCAGACGAGGGCAGAGCUUGAACAUGUGCUCAGGUCAACGAGGCAGAGAUACCUGCCCGCAGGUUGUGAGACAGCCCUCCUCUUCCCCAUGCGCUCACGCCGCAUCUACACCUCAGUUGUCCCAGAUGUCCCUCUCUCCCUGUCCUCCUUCACUGUGUGCCUGUGGGCCCAGCCAGCCGGCAUCACCAACAAAACCGUGCUCUUCUCCUAUGGAACCCGCCGGAACCCAUAUGAGAUCCAGCUGUUCUUCAGCGGAACCUCAGCCCUCUUCACAGUGGGGGGAGAGGCCCACUUGGUGGAGGGGCGGGGUGUGGUGAAAGCCGGAGCAUCCGAGUGGGUCCACCUGUGUGGGGUUUGGAUGUCUGAGCAAGGCCUGGCAUCUCUGUGGGCAAAUGGGAUAAAGGUGGCCUCCACACCCGGAGUGGCUGAGGGACACACCAUACCUGAUGGAGGCUCAGUCCAGCUAGGGCAAGAAAGAAAUGGCUGCUGCUCGGGGUCUCCCAGCAUGCAAGUGGGGAGCGGGAUGCAAGGAUUUGAGGGAGGGUUUGAUCCUAAGAUGGCGUUUGCAGGGAAGAUGACGGGGGUGAACUUGUGGGACAGGGCUCUGACCGAGGAGGAGAUCUCCAAGCGGGCCCUGCGGGAGAGCCAGAGCUGUGAUUCGAGGGGGAAUGUGGUGGCAUGGGGCUUGACGGAGAUGAUACCCCAUGGAGGAGCACAGUUCAUCAUCUAAUGGACUGAUCCUCUUCAUCACUGCAAUUGUCAUCAUCAUCAGCCUAUUCAUGAACAUAACCAUGUAAAUUAACUUUCAUUAUAUAACCCAGGAUGGACUGACUCACAACUGCUUUCAUCAUGCUUAUCAUUAUUGUCAUUAUCUUCAUCUCCAUUAUCACGAUCACCUUUCAUUGCUUUUGUAAUCAUUGUUUUAAUUUUCAGCCAUCUUUUCAUUGUCUAAAUCAUCUUCAUGCCAUUAUCACAGCAACUCUAAUGCUGCAAUGAAUUCUGCCGGACAGUUUAAAGCUGAUAUGGAGAAAGCCAAUGCUGUGAGAGACUGGAGCUCAUUCAAUGAAUGUUUCCAAUGUUCCCCAUUCAAACAUGCCUGUCAUCAUAACACACGAACUCGCACACACAAACACACACAUACACAGAAAAUAAAUAGGAAAAAAAAAAACAAAUGGGAGAAAAAAAAAGUAUGAAUGGAUUUAUGCAUGGUAGAGAGGAAUAUCUAUUGUUUCAGCAUGCUUGCAGAGAAUGUUUACUGAGCCAAUAUGAAAGAGUUACCACUAGAUAGCCAUGCAGGAAAGGAAAACACAGAAGUUAUGGUCACAUACAUUACAUGAGGCAAACGUCAUCUACAAAAAACAGCAAAUUUUAGUCAUGUUUCAAGUUAAAAUAUAUCGGAGCAUAUAUUUUCCCGUUUCUGAACUUCUGUAUUCAACAUUAGCAAUAUCAGCUUUUACCGCUUCUCCGUAGCGUCAACAUAAGAGGUGUAGUAACUGAUGUAGUCAUUGUAUGGGCAACACACGACGUACGAAACAGUCGCGUGUUCAAACAAAAAAGAAAAAAACUGCUGUAAUCAUUUCCUUUCAAGCAUGGCCUACAAGUGACGAGAAAACACUUAAGAGACAGUUGCAGAAAAGGUUUUAUUGUUUACAUAUUAUUUUAUCUUCAUCUUUCUAAAAACGUGAAUCUUUGGAGGCAUUUAAAGCUUUUGCUAAAGGAAAUUAAGUUUCCAACGGUGUACUCAAAGUGCUUAUAUGAGAUAUAACUGUAAGUCACUUUGCUUUCUUGACAUCUCUGUAGUUUUCAUUUAACACUAGGGGAAUAUACCUGUGUUUGUCUUUUAUAAUGGGUUAUGAUGUCAUUAGAUUGUUAAGAUGCAUUUGUUUUGAGACAGAGUGGUUUUAAAUCUGAUAAGAACUGUGGACUGUUUACAGAAUCGAAUCUUUACUAAUCUAAUGUGACAUGUAUCAUAAUGUAAAUUGUUUUUGCUGUCCUUAUUGAUGUUGUCAACAAGGGUAACUGAAUGUAUUUUGUACAUAUAUAUUUUUGCAUAACAUGUUUUGGAAGAAUGGAGUGGGAGUUUUGAAUAAAAAUCAACAUGUAAAAUGUUA